AUGACCGAUCGGGCGCCUGAUGGACGAAGAAAGCGGCAGGCAACGUCGUGCUUGCUUUGCAGGAAACGGAAGAUCCGGUGUAAUCAUGAGUCUCCAUGCAGCAACUGUCUCCGCGCAAGGAAUGACAACUGUGUCUAUGAAUCUCACAACCACCGCACGCCGUUCUCUCGCGCUUCCAUUCCUCAGGCUCAAAUGACGCCGGUUCCCAGGCAUCGAGAGUCAGUCCCGCUGGGCAGUAGCGCAUCCACCACGAGCGGGUUGUCUCUUCCGACCUAUGCACCAAGUUCACUUGCUACCAGUUCUAUAGCUGCAUCAACACCUCCGAGUCAAACCUCGACGCUGGAUGCCGAGUCACUGAGGCUGAAGCUCAGGAUCCGAGAUCUCGAAGAUCAGCUGUCCAAACUGACCUCAAGGCUAGCCAAUCCAUCCCCCGAACCCCCGCACUCCAACAUCCAAACCCUUAACUCAACCCUUAGCGGUACCUUUCAUGUCCACUGCGAGGGUAGCUCUCUGGGCCAGCAACAGGCAAUCGCCCGGGGGGUUAGCCACAAGACACGUUUAUUUGGCCAAAGUCACUGGACUGUCAAUGGUGUUCUCCUGAUUCGCGAUGUCUUCGAGUCCAUCGAUGCACACGCAUGCCCAGAGGCGACAAAGGCUUGGUCAGGGAUUGAGCGAUGCAAAUCCCUUGCAAGGUUCAUCAAAUCGCAGCGGACCUUUUCAUGGCUCCCUUCAUCCACACCCGACUUGCCACGUAAAGAAAUCUCGGAUGCACUGGUAGAUUGCUACUUUAGGUCGACCGAAUCUAUUCAUCGCAUUAUCCACAUCCCGUCGUUUCGCCGAGACUAUGAGGCGGUCUGGAUAUCCAACAUGGCAACUGCCGACAAGGCAUUCAUGGUUCAGCUGUCGCUCGUGCUCGCCAUAGGCGCCGUGACGUAUGAUGAACGGUUUUCACUGCGCACCUCAGCUACUCGAUGGGUUAGCGCCGCGCGAAGCUGGCUGUCGGAACCGAAAUCCAAGUCGCAACUCGACAUCCAAACCCUUCAGACCAGCCUUCUCUUACUAGUCGCUCAAGAAAGGCUAGGCGUAGUCGAAGAUUCGACCUGGAUCUCGGUUGGAGCACUACUUAGGAAAGCAAUCUACAUGGGAUUACAUCGGGAUCCUGCCGUCCUGCCCCAGAGAACGAGAUUCGCCGCUGAGAUGCGUCGAAGGCUAUGGAACACCAUUUUGGAGAUGGCCCUGGAAUCGAGCUUGUCGUCUGGGGGUCCUCCUUUGAUCUCUCUUGAUGACUUUGACACGGCACCCCCAGGUAACUUUGAUGACGAGCAGAUAUUGACUGACGAUCCAGUAUCACAGCCACCAGGCUCCUUCACACAAGUCUCCAUCGCGAUGGCAUUCCGCGAAACGUUUCCGCAGCGCCUGGCCGUGGUGAAGUUCUUGAAUGAUCUCGCAUCCCCCAUUGCCUACGAUAAGACACUUGAGCUUGACUCGAAGCUCCGCGACGCCUACAAGUCACUACGACGCAGCUUGUUGGCUUAUAGUGGCUCAACCACAACCUCUGCACCUUCACCUUUUGAGAUGCGCAUGGCCGACUUCAUCAUGCAUCGAUACCUCUUGGCUCUCCACGCUCCCUAUUUUGGUGCAUCGUUCACCGAGACGCCCUACGCCUUUUCCCGCAAGGUGGUUGUGGAGUCGUCUUUGAAAAUUUGGCGCGCGGCCUAUCCAGUAACUUUCGAUAACAGUCCAGUUGCUCCAGAGGCAAAUGAAUUGCAGCGUCUCAUCACAUGCUCGGCGGGCUUCUACCCAGCCGGCGCCAUCCAUGCCGCGUUUCUCAUCGCCAUAGACCUUCGGAUGCAGUUAAAAGAAGAUGACAGCCUUGAACUCACCCCACUGCGGCCCGACUUGCUGUCUGUCAUUGACGAGUCCAAGCAAUGGUGUCUGCAGACUGUCGAGGCCGGAGAGACCAGUGUCAAGGGCUACCUUCUCAUGAGUGUCAUUGCAGCCCAGAUCAAGGGGCUCAUGCUUGGGCUUAGUCAAGCUGAGACUACUGGGCAAUUGAUCGAGGCUGUGGAAGCAGUAGAAGAAAAGUGCAUGCCAAUCUUGACGGCUAUGGCGUCAGAAUUCCAGGUCUGCGGCCCCGGGUCCAGUGACGAAGCACUUGACCCGACAGACUUGGCCCAAAACAAUCACUCUAUGGAGAAUUUUGCACACACGGCCAUGGACAAUCUUUUCGAUUUCACAAACACGGAACCGAUGGGUUGGAUAUUGAAUGACAAUCCCAGCAUAGGUACGCCGUCACUUUGGUGA